AUGGCCAACACAGAAAGAGAACCACUGGUCCGCAGCCCCCAGGGGGCAAAUCCAGUCGAAAGUCAUGUGGCGAGUAUUUGGGUCCAGGAGACGAAAACGUUGAUCAUUACGUCAAGUUGGCUGGUUCUGGUCUCAUACCUGCAGUAUUCAUUCCAAUUUAUCGGCUUGCUAUUUGCGGCGCAAUUCAAACCGUUGGAAAUGGCAGCAAUCGGUCUGGGGGCAAGUAUUGCCAACAUUACCGGUUAUGCGAUCUAUCAAGGAUUGUCAACAGCGCUGGACACCCUCUGUACGCGAGCCUUCGGAUCUGGUCACCAGGAGGAGGUUGGUUGCCAUUUACAACGUAUGAUUUUACUCCUAUGGGCAGUGACCAUGCCCAUUGGUCUUGCUUGGUGCUAUAGUUCCUCUAUACUCAGCUUGCUUGUCUCCCGGGAUGUCUCCGAGCUGACUUGCGGCUAUCUGCGUAUUGUUUUGCUCGGUGCGCCUGGACAUGCUGCUUUUGAGGCUGGAAAACGCUUCGUUCACGCUCAGGGUAUCUUCCGAGCCUCCUUCACGGUCCUCUUGGUUGGAGCGCUUGCAAAUGCAUUCUUCCAUUGGGUGCUGGUCUCCAAGCUAAAGUGGGGUUUCUUCGGGGUACCUGUCGCCACUGCCAUGACCGACAAUCUGCUCCCGUUUGGCCUUGCGCUGUACGUUGCUUACGUUGAUGGUUCGGAGUGCUGGCCGAGGCUAUCGAAGGCCGUUUUAACUAACUGGGGUCCCAUGCUGCAGCUGGGUCUCCCAGGGUGUGCCAUGGUAUUGGCAGAAUUUCUUUCCUUUGAAAUGUUGACCCUAGGUGCAGGAAAGAUGAGCGAUCUAUACCUCGCGGCCCAGAGUGUGCUGAGUGGUGCGAAUUCGAUGGCUUUCCAGCUGCCUUUUUCAAUUAGCCUCUCCACUUCUGUGCGCACUGGCUAUCUCAUCGGACAGAAAGAUCCCAAACGUGCCAGGAUUCAGGCUACCGCUGCGCUUGUUCUUUCUAGCAUUGUGGGCCUCAUCAACAUGACGGUGUUAUUAGCAUUUAGAUUCCAGAUUACAAGGUUACUGUCCCCACACAAGGACGUACAAUUGCUAGCUGCCAAUAGCAUGCCCUUAUGUGCAGUAUUACAGAUUGCCUAUGCACUUGCAGAAUGUUGCAAUGGCCUAGUAAGAGGCCUUGGCCUACAAAAGGUAGCGAGUUUGCUUGCAUUGGCAUGCUACUACCUGGUUGGACUGCCACUAUCAUUUGUCAUGGGUUUUGUUGCUCGUCUGGGUCUCUCUGGCCUCUGGAGCGGUUCUCUGAUAGGAACAUCGUUGUUUGCAGCGAUUUCAAUCAUUUUCGUACUCGUGACAAAUUUUGACAGUGUAAUCCGAUUAGCACUUGCCUCACAUCUUUAA